AAAUAAUGACAUGGACAACCCAAAGUGAAAGUUAGAUAAAUUCAGAACCAUACGGCACACGUUAUUGAACGUAACUACAAGUCUGCGAAAAUGGCACGCUUUAUUCAGCGAAAUCUAGAUGAAGAUGAUGACUACCUCGUUGAGGAUGACAGCGAUAUCGAAAGAGACAGCAGUUCAGAUGAUGAGCUUGAUUUCACUAUCCAUUGUGCCAAUCAGAAAAAGGUACGAGUACGGCACAGCUCUGUGUCCAGUAAAGGCUCAUCUGCAGAGUCCGAUUUUGAGAAAGAGAUGAAUGAAGAGUUGGACAAGAGAGUUUCUGCACUGGAGGAGGCACGAAGAGCAGGACAAGAAAAAACAGGAACAAACUGUGGAGAGAGCUCAAAAUCCGGAUGUUCCAGUCACAAUUCCAAACGGGACAAUGGUUUUUAUGAUGAUGUUUAUUUUGAUUCGGACGAAGAAGAGAUGAUAACUGAAGGAGACAAGAAAAAGAAAGAAAAAAAGCUGACAAAUGAUGACCUAUUUUACGAUCCCAACCAAGACGAUGAUGAUCAGCGGUGGGUGGACAAUCAUCGACGGUCACACACAGUAAAAGACAGCAAGACCACCAAAAAACCACCCACUAGUGAUGCUGUGUUGGACUGCCCAGCCUGUAUGACCACUCUGUGUUUGGACUGUCAAAAGCAUGAAUCAUAUCACAACCAGUACAGAGCCAUGUUUGUAAUGAACUGUCAUGUGGACUUUAAUGAGAUACUGAAACAACCUCCACAAAAAACCAGAAAGAGGAAGAGGCAACAGGGGCCACAGAGAGGUCAGCAGGGGUCACAGGAGGGUCAGCAGGAGAGUUCCCAUGAGGAGGAGGAAAAGCUACAUCCUGUGAGAUGCACAGAGUGUAACACUGUGGUGGGUGUGUAUGACACAGAGGAGGUGUAUCAUUUCUUUAAUGUGCUAGCCAGUCACUGACACCCUGUGGACAAAUGACCAAAGGUCAAAGUGGACAAAGGACCCGGGUCAAGGGGAUUAAAUGGAUAUUCCUGGUGUGAGACACUUAAGUUUAAACUGAGGGCCAGGAUAUGCAUAACUGAAAAAGUUGUGAACAUCCAGUCCAUUUGUUGGUAACAGCAAGAAUAAUCAACGAGCUCAAACGAUUCAGAGUUACCUCCCCUGACUGGUGUUUUAAAUCAUAUAAAAUGGAUUAUGUACAUACAGCUUGUCUUCAUCAUCCAGGAUUGUCAAGCUCUUUGUUCUUUACGAAUUGGAAUCUGGAUAGAUGAAUUUCUUAUGAAUAUUUCUAAUUGUGUGGAGUUUGAUGUUUACCUCAGAUUUUUCAAUAUGGUGGUCUUAAAUCAACAAUGCUUUUCAGUAUGGUGGUCUAGAUAUUAAAUCAACAAUGCUAGAUACAACUGUAUUCAUAAUAAAAGUCUAUAAAUUUGAA